CAUACAACAAGAAUAUAGCCAAAAUUACUGUCUGUAGAAACUAAGAGUAGGUCACGUCCAACACAAUUUCAAAUUUGAAAACUUACCUUUUGUUCUCAAUCCCUGAAAGCAUGUUUAUUUCUUAUAUUUCAACGCUUGUUAAAGUUGCUUCGUUUUGAGUCUCGCUAGCCAUUCGUUUCCCAGAUUUCCAAGAGGCCUUUGGCAAUUUCUUAUUGAAUAUGGUUUUCUCUUGUUUUUCAGAUUUCAGCAAAAGCUUCGCACAGAGAGGAGUGAUACAAUGGAAAAUGUGCUUUUCCCAAUUUUUACAUUCUGUUUCUGUUGAAGAACGGAAUCCUUAAAAUUUUUCCUUUUUCUUUAAAUUUACUUACAGCAAAUGGUUGAAUCUUUGGGUUGGAAAACUGCAUACACGAAUGGUUCUGGAGGAACUGGUUCUUAGACACCACCUCUGUCCUCAACAAGUACCCUGGAAUGGCCAAAAUACAACUGAGCCCAAAGGAUAUUACUCAAUUUCGUACUGCUUUAAAAUGCUAUGAGACUAGGCAGUACAAAAAGGGUCUUAAGGCUAUUGAGUCUGUAAUUGAGAAGCAUCCUGAGCAUGGCGAGUCAAUCGCCCUCAAAGGUAUUCUUCUUCAUUCGCUAGGACAAAUUAAAGAAGGUUAUGAAAAUGUUCGACUCGGUCUUCGUCACGAUGUUGCUUCCGGUGUCUGUUGGCAUAUAUAUGGCCUCGUUUGCAAAGCAGAUAAAGAUUAUGUGCAAGCUGCUAAGUGCUACAUUAAUGCUCAAAAGUUGGAAAAAGGAAAUACUAGCCUUUUGCGUGACCUUGCCCUUCUGCAAAGUCAACUUCGACAAUUCAAACCUCUUGCUGAUACAAGGAACUCUCUUUUGCAAUCAAACCCCGGUGUCCGCGGUAAUUGGAGCGCAUUGGCUGUUGCCCAAUAUCUUCGCGGCGAAUAUGCUAGUUCAUUCAAAAUUUUAGAUGCUUUUGAGUCUACUAUUAGCCAAGGAAUUCCUGUUGAUUCCCAAGAGGAGUCUGAAUCUCAACUUUUUAUCAACUUGGUUAUUUUAAAGAAAGAUGGAGCUAGUGCUGCGUAUGAUCACCUGCUUUCCGAAGAAAAGAAAAUUAUAGAUCGUACUACAUUUUUGGAGAUCAAGGUUGAAUACGAGUUAGCUUUGAAAAAACUUGAGGAAGCAAAAACUACUCUCAUUAGUUUGCUGGAUCGUAAUUCUGAUAACCAUGGUUAUUUCCAUAAGUUGCAACAAGCCUAUGGCUAUGAAGAUGAAAAGCACAAUGUGCUCAAUCUCGAUAAAUGGCUCUCUUUGUAUGAUAAGCUUGCUGCGCUCUACCCUAGAUCGGAUUGUCCCAAAAGAAUGCCUUUGGAUUCGCUAACUGGUGACUUGUUUGCUAAGAGAGCAGAUUCUUAUUUGCGUACCAAGCUUAAACGAGGAAUUCCUUCGGUGUUUGUAGACAUCAAGUCUUUGUAUAAGGAUGCUUCUAAGCGUGAAAAUGUUGAAAAGCUGGUUUCUGGCUAUGCCUCUUCUUUGUCGGAUCAUGCAAAGUUUUCGACUACAGAUACUGAAGUGCAAAUUCCUACUACCUUGCUCUGGACAUAUUACUAUUUGGCUCAACACUUUGAUUACAAACGAGAAUUAAGUCAAGCUGAACACUAUAUCUCUUUAGCAAUUCAACAUACACCUACCCUUGUUGAACUGUACAUGACAAAGGCAAGGAUCUUUAAACACCAAGGAAAAUUACAAGAAGCAAUGGAAACUAUGGAUUUUGCCCGCAAAUUGGAUUUACAAGAUCGCUUUGUAAACAAUAAGUGUGCAAAGUACAUGUUGCGCAAUCAUGAAAAUGAACUUGCCGCAACAACUGUCGGAUUAUUUACUAGAAACGAAGCUGUUGGUGGUUCUGUGGGUGAUCUUGCAGAUAUGCAAUGUGUUUGGUAUUUGUUGGAAGACGCGAAAUCGUUUUAUCGCCAGAAGAAAUAUGCUAUGGCACUAAAGCGAUUCAGUACCGUUUUCUCAAUCUUUGAAGCAUGGGCUGAUGAUCAAUUUGACUUUCAUUUCUUCGCUUUCCGUAAGAAUUCCCUUCGUACUUACCUGGAUGUUCUUUCCUGGGAAGACGGGGUAUUCAAUAAUCCUGCAUUCCGUGAAGCUUCUCAACUCGCUAUUCAGAUUUAUUUGGAUCUCUUCGAUCAUCCUUUUGCUCGUUAUGGUCCUAAGCCUGCAGAUUAUGACAAGUUAUUGCAAGGAAAUUUGGACGAGGAAGAGAGAAAGAAAACAAUGAAAAAGUUGAAGAAAGACCUCUCCAAGCGUCAAGAGCGUGCCGAGAAAAUCAAAGAAACAGAUAAGGCUCGUGCAAAGUCAGAGGAUGGUACGCCUGUGAAGUUUGACGAAGAUCCUCUUGGUGAAGAGUUGGUUGCUACGAAUACCCCAUUGAAGGAUGCCCAAAAGUAUAUGGAUAAAUUACUGUCAAUCCCCAUAGAAAAUUCAGAAACUUUACUUUUGGCUGCAAAAUUAUAUGGUCGCCAGGGUGACUUAGAAGCUGCGAAUCGCUACUUGGAGCAGGCAACCCAAAUUUUGGGUCAGGAUCAUGUGUCUAUCAUAGAAGUAAGAGAAUCCCUGACCGCUAGAGGAGAUUAGAAUUUAAGAAAAAUAAAUGUUUUUAUACUAUAACAACAAACAUAGCGCUAUGUAUUAUUCUAUAGUAAGUAUUAGGGAAUGAGAG